ACCGGAACCGGAAGUACGGUGGAGAGACGGAGAAGCGCAGAAUGAAAUAUGUGAGAUCUAAACAGUCCGUGCAUCUGUAACAGCGCCUGCCUUUUUAUUAUAACUUUAUAUUUAGCACUUAUCUCUUUCGUUUGCCCAUUUCGUUUUCUGUGGCCUGUUAAGGGGAGGAUGAGCGUGGAGGCGGUGGACCGGGUGGCGGCUGUGGGGAGCAGCCGGCCCAGCACACCUCUGCAGACGUCCUGGUUCGAGUUCCUGCUGGAUGGGAGCCUGUUGGAGGAACACCUGCAGAAGUCAAACCCAGACCCGUUGCCAGUGCAGCUGAUCAUCCAGUUCCUGGAGCAGGCGUCCAAGCCCUCCGUGAAUGAGCAGAAUCAGGUGCAGCCUCCUGCAGACAACCGCCGGAACCGCACGCUGAAGCUGCUAGCGCUGAAAGUGGCUGCGCACAUGAAGUGGGAUCUGGACGCACUUGAAAAAGGCUUGACUAUUCCAGUAUUAAAUAUGUUACUGAACGAGCUCCUGUGCGUGAGCAAAGUCCCACCAGGGGUGAAACACGUGGACCUGGACCUGUCGACUCUGCCUCCUACUACAGCCAUGGCCGUUAUCAUCUACAACCGCUGGGCCAUCAGAACCAUUGUGCUGAGCAGCUUUCCAGAGAAACAGGCCAAACCAGGACCUCACCAGAUAAACAUGCUGAACAUUGUGCAGCAGGAGAAAGAAAUGACUGAGAACAUCCUGACUGUGCUUAAAGAACAGGCGACCGACUCGAUCAGUGUCCUGGAAGGAGCUCUACGGCUGAAGAAAGACUUUUAUGUUCACACCUUGAGGACUCUCGACCUGUUGGCGGCUGAUGCUGCGGCCAACGGAGAAACGGAGUCCUCGACCGCAGGGCUUCGCAUUGCUGCUGAUGAGCUGCACUGUCAGGUGCACUAUGAUUUGGGAGGUAUUUUCUUCCAGCAAGGCUUCACAGACCAACCUGUCUUUGAGAAAGCCAGGGAUCACUUCAGGCAAACGAAGGAGCUGUUGAGGAAGUUGGACUCGACUGUUCACGUUCACCUGGAUGAGAAGCGUCUAGCCGGCUACUGGAACGCCUGCAAAGCUUUGACUGGAGACUGUGAGAGCUGUGACCCCCAGAUCACACCCUAUGAGCAGAUCAACAGCCUGAUCAGGGCUAAAAACUACCAGGCUGUCAUUGAAGUUUUCAUCAAGGACAACACCUCUCGCAGUUUGCCAAACCACUUCAGACAGUCUGUUCUCAGGGAGUUCCUGUACAAAGUCCAGCAAGGGGAGGUCGGCCUGGAUGACCUUUGUCACAAGCUGUGUGUUUGCAACGCUGUUCGAGAUGCUCUGGAGGGAGAAGUUCUCAGUGUUCGAUUCCAGCAGCAGCUUUUCAAAUCCAGCAGACGAAUGGUGGAUUUCAUUUUAGAGGUGUGUACACGUUCUCUGGAAAAGGAUCGACCGUCUGAGACGUCCAGAAGACACAUGGCCAGUUUUAUGAAGACUCUGUGUGAAAGCCUAGAGGACCUGACGCUAGUGUUCCUAGUGUCGUCUCAUAAACUCUUCAUGGAGCUGCUGAAGGAGGAGGAGAGGAAGGUCCUAGUGGAGCAGAUGAGGAAGAGGUCGGCCACCAUCAACCUUAGCGCCAAACCUCUGCCGUCCUUCUACGACAUCCCAGCUUCAGCGAGUGUGAACAUCGGGCAGCUGGAGCAGCAGCUCAUCCUCUCCCUAGACCCACGCAGGAUCCGACAGAUCCUGAUUGAGCUGCACGGCAUGGCUGAGCGACCCUUCUGGAGGGUCAACAGCAAGUGGGAGGUUCCUUCGGAUUACAUCAACGUGAUCCUUGGGAUUAAGGACAACCUGACCAAGGACCUGGUUUACAUCCUAAUGGCCAAAGGACUGCACUGCAUAGCAGUAAAGGACUUCGUCCACGCACGGCACCUUUUCUCCGCCUGCCUGGAGCUGGUGACAGAGUUCUCCCCGAAGCUGAGGCAGGUGAUGCUGAACGAGAUGCUGCUGCUGGAGGUCCGAGCCCACGAGUCCAUGGCGGCCGAGGGCAGCAAGGAGCGGCCGCCCCCUGACCUGGUCAGCCGCGUCAGGGGCUACCUGGAGAUGAGGAUCCACGAUCUGCCUCUGCGCCAGGUGGUCGGUGAGGAGUGCGUCGCCUUCAUGUUGAACUGGAGGGAGAACGACUACCUGACUCUGCAGGUGCCACCGUCUCUGGUCAUGAACAACCCGUACAUCAAGCUCGGCCAGCUUCUUGCUUCCACGUGCAAGGAGCUGCCAGGUCCUAAAGAGAGUCGCCGCACAGCUAAGGAGCUGUGGGACGUGGUGGUUCAGAUCUGCAGCGUUUCCAUCCAACACAAGAGGAACAACGACGGCCGAGUGGGCCUCAUCAAGCACAGGGAGUCCUCCAUGGGGAUUCUGCACAGGAGCAAAUUCAUCACGUUCAUCAAGAAAAUUAGAGAGCCUUUGGUUCUGACAACCCUCAUCUCCCUGUUUGUGAGGCUCCACAGCAUUGUGCGGGACGAUAUUGUCAAUGAAGUGACGGCAGAACAUCUCUCCAUCUGGCCGUCGACUCUGCCAAACAUACAGGCGGUGGACGUGGAAGCGGUGGCGGUGACGGUCAAGGAACUGGUGUCCUACGCGCUGACCUUAAACCCCAACAACCAGUCGUGGCUCAUCACACAGGCCGACAUCUACUUUGUGACAAAUCAGUACUCUGCUGCGCUGAACCUCUACCUCCAGGCUGGAGCUGUGUGCUCGGACUUCUUCACCAAAGCGGUGCCUCCUGACAUCUACACAGACCAGGUUCUGAAGAGGAUGAUCAAGUGCUGUUCGAUGAUGAACUGCCACACGCAGGUUGCCGUCCUCUGCCAGUUUCUCAGAGAGGUCGACUACAUGACGGCGUUCAAAGCGCUUCAAGAACAGAACAGUCAUGAUUCAAUGGACUCCUGCUACGACUACAUCUGGGACGUCACCAUCCUGGAAUACCUCACACACAUUCACCACAAACGGGGCGAGAUUGAGAAGAGACAGAUAGCGAUGAAAGCGAUCGGGCAGUCAGAGCUGAACACCAGUAACCCAGAGGAGGUGCUGCAGCUGGCUGCACAGAAGAGGAAGAAGCGAUUCCUGCAGGCGAUGGCAAAGCUGUACUUCUAGUUUUUUUAUUUUAGUAGAAAACAUCUAAAUAAAUACAGUUCAUUUGUA